CGAAAGAUCGCUAGGGUUUAACCACCAUUAAACACCAAAUUGGCGGCUAAUCGAUUCUCCCAAAAUCCAUCAAUCUGCUAAUUCACAUUCACCAAACCCCCACCCCCACCACCACCACCACCAUCAUCAUUUACGGUUUCCAAUUGAUUCUCAAACCCCUAACCCAAUCAAACCCCCUUAAAUCUAUAUCAUCCACUCUCCAAUUCACCACAACAUCCACCCAACUCACAAUGAAAGAAAUCAUAACAAAGAGAUCUUCAAACCCAGAUGCCAAAUGUUCUUCCUCAAGCGUCCAAUCAACUCCAGAAAUCGAAAAAAAGUACGUCCACCGUGUCUACGAUGCAAUCGCACCUCAUUUCAGCGCUACCCGUUUUGCAAAAUGGCCCAAAGUUUCAACCUUUUUACACAAUUUGCCAUCUGGGUCUGUGGUUUUAGAUGCAGGGUGUGGUAAUGGCAAGUAUUUAGGUUUAAAUCCUGAUUGUUUCUUCAUUGGCUGUGAUAUUAGUGCACCCCUUAUCCAGAUCUGUAGUGACAGGGGUCAUGAGGUUUUGGUUGCAGAUGCUGUGAAUUUACCGUAUCGAAGCGGGUACGGGGAUGCCGCUAUUUCGAUAGCGGUUUUGCAUCAUUUGAGUACUGAGGAUAGGAGGAGGAAAGCUAUUGAUGAGUUGGUUAGGGUUGUUAAAGUUGGUGGGCAUGUUUUGAUUACUGUGUGGGCUGUUGAGCAAGAGGAUGGAUCUUUGCUUAAUAAGUGGACCCCGCUUACGCGAAAGUAUUUGGAAGAGUGGAUUGGGCCGGGUAGCCCACGGGUUCGUAGCGCGUCUGCGGUUACUUUGGAAAGUAUUCCGGAAACUGAGGUGAGUGUUGGGAAUCAAGAAGGUAAAGAUUGUGUUGUGGGGAGUGAGAAUGGAGGUGGGAAUGAUAAGCAACAAGAGUAUUUUGUGCCGUGGCAUUUGCCGUAUCACCGGGCUGAAGUGAGUGGAGCUUCGGCUGGUGCGGUUGAAAAUGGUCUUGCGAGGAAAGAUGAUUCAAAAGGCGCGAUUGUGUAUGAUAGAUAUUAUCAUGUGUUUGGUCAAGGUGAACUUGAAAGUUUGGUUUCUGGCAUGAAGAAUGCAGUUAUUGUGGAUCAAUUUUACGACAAGUCUAAUUGGUGUGUGAUUCUUGAGAAAACUUCAUGGGGGAAGAACAAUACAUUAUCGGGUCAGUUUUACGACUGAAGAUGGUAACAAGACAUCAGAAAGUGAUCAAAACAAAAGGACAGAUGCUUCUUUUGAGCACUUUCGAUGUCCAGAUUUGUACGCGUAUCAUGUCAACUCCCAAUUUUGGGUGCAGGAUUUUGUAGUUCUUGUAGUGGAAACUUUAGUUUUUGUAACCUGAUCUCACAAUUGGAGUUGUUACAUUUCUAUGUUGGAUUUUGAUUUGAGUACCUGUGGUAAUGUAUUGUGAAGCAGAAAAGGUACAACUUUUAAAAUACAUAUAUUAUACAAAUGAUAACAUGUUGGUUCA